GGAUAUUUCAGAAGCGGCAAGUUCGAAUAAUUUUCACAGCGCGAUGUCAGAAAUGGAAGUUGAUGAUACUGGACCAGUGGCAUCGCUCAGCGAAAAUAAGAAACGUUUCGAAAUAAAAAAGUGGUAUGCUGUUGCCUUAUGGGCGUGGGAUAUCGUUGUUGAUAAUUGUGCUAUCUGCAGAAAUCACAUAAUGGACCUAUGUAUCGAAUGCCAAGCUAACCAUGCCUCGGCUACAAGUGAAGAAUGCACCGUUGCUUGGGGUGUUUGUAAUCAUGCCUUUCAUUUUCAUUGUAUAUCUCGAUGGUUGAAAACAAGACAGGUUUGCCCUCUGGAUAACCGUGAAUGGGAACUACAAAAGUAUGGCCAUUGAGUGGAUUUGGUGAUUUCGAUAACUUAUCCGUUGUUGUACCUGCCCAGAUAAUGAAAUAAAAUCAUUUUAACAC